AAUACCAAAUACCUGAAAGCCUCCAACGAGCCCCGAAACUAUUUGUUGUGUAUCGCAUUUGUUUUUACAGAAGUAACAAGCAGAGCUGUAAAUGGGGGAGGGGGGCGCAUACUUUUGUCCGGCCCCUGUAGCAGUACCAGUGGGUGCCGGACCGGGCAGUGUUUGGUUAGGUAGGGUUGCACAAGUCUGGACUUUCCUCUAGUUUUUGGCUCCACUCCCGGUUACACAUUAAUGGGAUUGUUUGCUAAAAUGCUGAAGGCUGAUCCCACAUAAAGGCUGAGGAUGAGGACAGAGCCCAAAUACAUGAUGGGGAGAGCAGUCCUGUGCCUGCUGCUGCUCACCGGCCUGACCGCCACGCACGCACAACCACCAUGCGUCCUCCUCAUGCCCAACAUCCUGCACGUGGAGGUGGAGGAGACCAUUGUGCUAGAUGCUCACUUACAGAAAGAUCCCUUCAAGGCUGAAAUCACCAUCCAAGACUUUCCUCAGAAGACCCUGGAUGUAGCCAAGACUACAGUGUCCCUAAACAGUGCCAAUGGCUUCCUGGAGAAAGUGAAAGUAAAGAUUCCGGCAGAACCUUUUCUGAGGGAUCCCAAGAAGAAGCAGUAUGUCUUUGUUUCUGUGAAGUCGGGCAACUGCAACCUCAAUAAAGUUGCGCUGCUGUCGUUCCAAUCGGGAUACAUCUUCGUACAGACAGACAAGCCCAUCUACACCCCAGGGACCACAGUUCUGUUCCGUCUCUUCAUCACCGGGCUGGCACUAGAGCCCGACUCACGGGCAGUGGAUGUGGAAUUUUUAAAUCCCGAGGGCAUAGUGGUGAUGAAAAGCCAGUACUCUUCCACUGAAAGUAGUGUGAUUGUACAGAAGAGCUACACCCUUCCAGAGAUUUCUAUUGAAGGAAAAUGGCAGAUCGCUUGCAGGUUUCAGGUGUCUCCUGCCCAAUUGUACCGGACCGAGUUUGAGGUGAAAGAAUAUGUUCUGCCAAGUUUUGAAGUCUUUCUGAAGACAGAGCAGGAUUAUUACUUUGUGGACGACGAUCACUACACGGUGGAAAUCAAUGCAAAGUUUUUGCAUGGAAAGCCGGUGGAGGGGUCUGGACAUGCAAUGUUUGGCGUAAUUGUUAACAAUGAGAAAAAGAGUUUCCCAGAUUCACUGACCAAAAUCACGGUGACUAAUGGAAAGGCAGAAGCAACACUGUACCGUCACAUGAUCACGAGUCGAUAUCCCGAUCUGGAAUUCCUUGUCGGAAGCUCGCUCUACGUCACUGUCACAGUGUUAACUAAUGCAGGCAGUGACUUGGUGGAAGCUGAGAAGACCGGCAUUACCGUGACAAAGACGGCAUUCAAAUUGCUAUUCACCAAAACCUCCAAAUAUUUCAAGCCUGGCUUACCCUAUAUAGCAAAUCUUUUACUGCAGAGACCAGAUGGAUCAGCAGCAUCCAAGGUUGAGAUCUGUUCAGUGGAAAAUAUAUGUGCGACAACCGGUGCAGAGGGGACAGUUCAGCUGGUACUAAACACCGAUCCAGGCAUCCAAGAGAGGAACGUUCAUGUGAGAACAAAGGCUGUAGGUGUUCCUGAGCACAGACAGACAUCGGCCAUAUUGACAUUGAAGGCUUACAAAGGAUCACAGAACUAUCUGCAUAUUAGUGUCCCGUCAACCAAAGUCAAACCCGGGGAUACUCUGCACAUUCAGUUUUAUGUAAAGACCAAAAAUAUAAACAUUCAGAGAAGCUUCAGCCACUUCACUUACAUGAUCUUGAGUAAGGGUCAGGUCAUCGAAAUGGGUCGACAACUACGAGAUCCAGAACAGACCGUCACUGUGAUGUCCCUGGUGGUCUCUGAGAAGUACAUGCCCUCCUUCCGCAUCGUGGCUUAUUAUACUGUGCCAGGCAACGAGAGAGAGAUUGUGUCGGAUUCUGUGUGGGUGGACAUGUUGAACUCCUGCAUACGAAAGCUGGACUUUUUACCGGACAAAGCAGUCAAUGACCCUCAACCAGGAUCAGUCGUGCCAAUGAGAAUAACCGGAGAACCAGGAGCAAGCGUCGGGCUGGUGGCUGUAGACAAAGCUGUAUUCGUUUUGAACAAGAAGAAUAGGAUGUCCCAGGAAAAGGUUUGGGAAGAGGUGGACAAAAGUGAUCUUGGGUGUACUUCAGGUGGCGGCAUGGACAAUGCAGGAGUGUUUGCAGAUGCCGGUCUCUCUGUGGAGUCUAAUAUGGGCCUUACAAGCCCAACACGAAUCGAGUUGACCUGUGAAGAACCUUCAAGAAGAAGAAGACGGUCUGUGCUGUCUGGACCAAAAGCCGACAAAGCACGUGAGUAUGAGGACGCACGCCUGCGGAAGUGCUGUGAGGACGGCAUGACGGAAAACCCCAUGGGAUACACCUGCACCAAGCGGUCCACGUUUGUCUUAGAGGUCGGGGAAUGCGCCAGGGUCUUCCUAGAAUGCUGCAAGUUCAUCUUUGAGCCCCAAGUGGCCAUUAGAAGGAAAAGGCCGAAAUUUCAAAAAAUAGCAAUUGGACAUCCUUCUUCGACUGUGAUCCAGGCCAUGGGAUCAGAGAAAAGCAAUGAAGAUGAUUUAUACGAAACGAUGGACAACUUCAACUCGCGCAGUAUCUUUUAUGAAAGCUGGCUGUGGAGUGUGUAUACGCUCCCCACGAGAGCUGACUCAAAUGGGCUUUCCUCAAGGGUCGUCAAUGCCAAUUUGCCAGAAUCAAUCACCACCUGGGAAUUUUUGGCAAUCGGCAUUUCCCCGAAUUCAGGAAUUUGCGUGGCUAAACCAUAUGAAAUGUUGGUCAAGAAAAGCUUCUUCAUCGAUCUUCGGCUUCCAUAUUCCGUGGUCCGUAAUGAACAAGUGGAGAUCAAAGCCAUCCUGUACAGUUAUGUGCCUGAAGCCAUUGAGGUACGAGUAGACCUGACGUACAAUGAGAAGAUGUGCAGCUCAGCAACAUCCGAAGCCAACUUCCGCCAAGUGGUGACUUUGGAGCCCAUGGCCUCCCUGGUUAUUCCAUUUGUUAUUGUUCCUCUUGUGAUUGACAACAUCCGGAUAGAAGUAAAAGCAUCAGUCAAAGAUCUUUAUAUAACUGAUGGAAUAGUGAAACAUCUAAAAGUUGUGCCGGAAGGAAUGAGGAUCCUCAGAAAUAUCCAGAGUGUCAUCCUGGAGCCUCUACGCUCAGAAGUCCCCGGAGUCCAGGUUUUAACUGUUAACACAUUUCCACCAAAUGAUAUCGUCCCCAACACCGAUCCUGAGACCUAUGUGAGUGUGAAAGGCAGCCUCCUUGGAGAAACACUGGAGAAUUCCAUUGAUGGUGCCAACCUGAAGCACCUCAUUACAGUGCCCUCCGGUUGUGGAGAGCAGAAUAUGAUGAGCAUGACCCCAACUGUGAUUGCCACCCAUUACCUGGACACCACCAACCAGUGGGAAAAAAUUGGAGUGGAGCGCCGAGAUGAAGCCAUCAAAAGCAUUAACCUAGGAUAUGUCCAGCAGCUGGUCUACCGCAAAACUGACAACUCUUAUUCUGCCUUUACCAACCGGCCGGCGAGCACAUGGCUUACGGCAUACGUGGUGAAGGUCUUCUCCAUGGCUUAUAAGUUGGUUCACAUAGAUAAAGACAUUCUAUGUGGCGCCGUCAACUGGCUCAUUACCAACAAGCAAAUGGCAAAUGGUAUUUUCAAGGAGGAUGCCCCUGUCAUACACGGAGAGAUGGUGGGUGGAACUGGAAACACCGAGCCCGAUGCCAGCCUGACCGCAUUUGUCCUGAUCGCCCUGGUGGAGGCAAAGAGUUUCUGUAAAGACAAAGUCCCAAAUCUGCAAUCUGGCCUGGAUAAGAGUGCCGCAUACUUGGAAGGUCGGAUUAAGACUAUAAAGAAACCAUACACCAUCUGCAUCACGUCCUACGCUCUGUCCCUGGUCAACAAACUUCCCGAUAGUAAUGAACUGAUAAGGAGCUCCACCGAUGGUACCCACUGGGAUGAUUACUCCUCUGAUCUCUACAUGAUGGAGUCGACCUCCUAUGCCUUACUUGCCCUCCUUAAGCUCAAGCAGUACAGCUUGGCUGAGCCAGUGGCAAGAUGGUUGAUUCAGCAGAGGUUCUACGGCGGCGGCUAUGGUUCCACACAGGCAACCAUCAUGGUGUUCCAAGCGAUGUCGGAGUACCAGAUUCACGCUCCUCAGAUGAAUGAAGUUGACAUGGAUGUGACUCUGUCUCUUCCCGGAAGAAAAGGAAGUAUUACCUGGAAGAUAAUCACAGGGAACUCUAUGCUCCAGCGCAGUGAGAAGAUCAAAAUGACAGACAAGAUUCAAGUCACAGCCAGAGGAACGGGAGUGGGCACCCUAACGGUGAUGUCCGUCUACUACGCACCAUUAGCUGAAGGAACCGCCCCAUGCAAGAAAUUCGACUUCUCUGUGAAGCUUGAGGAUGCACCAAAAGCUAAGAAACCAAUCGGAGCCAUAAAAUCUAUGUUCAUAAACAUCUGUAUGAAAUACCUUGGAGACAGUGACUCUACAAUGACCCUCGUGGAUCUGACUCUCCUCACUGGCUUCACCCCUGACAUGGACGAUCUGGACAAGCUGACAAAUAGAGCGGACAAAUACAUUUCUAAAUAUGAGAUGGACACGGAACGUUCCGAACGAGGAUCCUUGAUUUUAUACCUGGACAAGGUAUCCCAUUCCGAAACCGACUGUCUGAAGUUCAAGAUCCAUCAGAAUUUCGAAGUGGGAAUCUUACAGCCAUCGGCGGUCACCAUCUACGAAUAUUACGCUCUGGAAAACCGCUGUACCAAGUUUUAUCAUCCGACUGAAGAAGAGGGAGAGCUGAGGAAGAUCUGCAAGGACGCCGAGUGUCACUGUAUUUCAGAAAGAUGCAACCUCAAGAACGUCCACAAGCUAAAGUUAACCUCUAAAGAUCGAGUAGAUGCGGCCUGUAAACAUGGGGUGGACUAUGUCUAUGAGUGCAAACUGGAAAACAUUAAUAAAACUGGGGCGUACGACAUCUUCACCAUGGAAAUCACACGUGUUGUCAAGCUGGGAACCGAUGAGGUAAAAGAUGGCACCAAGCGGAGGUUUUUUAUCCACAGAAGCUGCAGAGACUCGGUGAAGGUCAACGUUGGCCGGACCUACAUCAUCUGGGGGCGCAGUCAGGAUAUCUGGGAAAUGAAAAAUGAGAUGUCCUAUGUCAUCAAUGGUGAUACGUGGUUUGAAACUGUCCCCACUAAGAGGGAAUGCGCCACCACCAAGAUGGUGGAGUGUGAAGAAAUCUACAACUUUAUCGAUGACCUGACACUGUUCGGCUGCAAUACCUGAGGCGGGCUUCACCCUGAUAAUGCUCAGUGCUAGGGGGCGCUAAUGUCCUGUGCUUCCAGUUACCACAAUUUACUGAGGCUUCCUGCCUCUUUAUAUCUACUGGAGACUUUAUCGCUUUUUCAUGUAAAUGAAGGAGAGGUUGUCAUCGCUCCGCCCCUUUGUACUAUUAUCUCUAAGUAGUGAUGUGUCUUAUAAGGAACCUGGAGGGAAAAUAUAUGUGUUAAUAAAUGGGAAGGUGAAGAACCACAAGACUCCGGUGCUGAUACAUGUUCUAUAAGAGUCCACUACCCCACCAGUCCUCAUAGUCUGACCAGCAGGAUCCUCCGGAAUGUCACUAA